AUGACUAUGAAGAACACUUCCAUCAAAGGAUACAACUUGAUUCGCGAACUCGGAGCCGGCUCCUACGGAGAAGUGUACUUGGUGAGCAAUUCUAAAAAUGAGACAGUCGUUCUGAAAACACUGGACGAGGAUGAUGAGACUGCUGAAAACGAGCGCGAAGCGCUGAUUGAGCUCAACGGCAUCAACGGAAUCCCACCGCUUCUCGACUACUUUCACACGAGAAAACACAAGUGCUUCAUUCUCCCACUUGGCGGCACCGAUUUGAACGCUUUACGCGCUAAAAUUCCGGGAAGAGCAUUUCCGGUGUCGAUGGUCCACAAGACGCUCUUCCACUUGGUCAAGAUUCUUCAAGACAUGAACGCACGUGGAUGGUUACAUGGAGACAUUAAAGCUGACAACCUCGUUCUGCACCGAGAGGUAAUGAAAAACAAAUCAAGCAAUUACAUAACAAUUUGUAACUGUUUCAGACGCUCCAGCUGACACUGAUCGAUUUCGGAUUUGGUUUCCGUUUCCGGGACAAAAAUGGGAAUCGCGUUGCUUGGAGAAGUCCGAUUGCCGAUGCGAUUCACUCGUCGCCCUUUGCCGAUGUCUACAAGAAGGUCACCCCUCUGGACGAUCUCAUGCAGGCUAUCUUUCUCGGACUGCAGCUCCGUUGUCUCGCCAAGUUGAUCUACGAUCAGGACUUUUCGAAGGCGAGCGCCAAGAAGCACAAGUUCAUUGCCCAGCCGAGAAUGUACCUGCCGGCAUCCGAACUGCCGAUCGUCUUCAUCUACGAGAAAAUCUUGGUCCACAAGUUCGAACAGGAGCCUGACUUUGAUGGAGUCCGCACUGCGAUCGAAGACGAGAGACGUCGUGCCGUCGGAAAGCGUCGCCCCGGAUUCGCCUACGAUGCUGUCGCCGACCUAUUGAACUUUGACUGA